UAUAUUUCUCUCCCUUUCAAUGUAUAGAUCCCUUUUGCGUGAGGAGAAGGCAACCACCAAGUGCCUAGCCACCAAGCUCAGCAAUGCCCUGGUCAAACACAUCAAGAAAUCCUUGCACCAGAUGUCAGAGACGAUAAAGGAAAAGCUGGGAGAGGUAAAGCAUUUAUUGAGUCAAAUAGAGGGCGGGCCUCCAAUGGAACCUGAAGAGAAGAGGAAGUACCUCAUUCAGGUCAUAACAGAUUUCAAUGAGCAGAUUACCCAACUGUCCAAAGGGGAUAUUAUCGUUGAGGAGAAUCUAUUUGAGCUCAUGCGAAUGGAAUUUACAGAUUGGAUGGAAUGUCUGAAAAAUGCCAAAUCACAUUACCACGAAGUAGUGCAACAAGUGGUGGAUGAAUAUGAUCAGAAGCACAGGGGAAGUGAGCUGCCAGGAUUCAGUAACUACAGGGUAUUUCAACAUGUUGUUCAGAAACUAGGUGCUGAACUUAAGAGACCAGCUAUGACGACACUACAGACAAUCAGAAACAUGGUGCAGAAGCAAUUUGAUCAUUUGUCCAGAGAGAGCUUUAAGAAUUAUCCUUAUCUUCAUCAAGUCUCAAAGAAAAAAAUUGAAACAAUCCAGGAACAGCAGUCAAACAUAGUGAAGGCGAGGAUCGUGGAGCAGUUUGAGAUGGAGAUGCAGGUCUACACACAGGAUGAAAUCUUCAACAAACAUAGUCGAAAGGAGGGAACAGCAGAAGACUCAGAUCACGACACCAGGAGCAUGUACCCUGGGCUGCUCAAGGCAUACUAUGAGAUUGUGGUGCAAAGACUGGCUGACCAGGUGCCCAUGCUGAUCCGUUACUUCAUCCUGAAGCAGUCAGCCAAGAUUGUGUGCAGUGAAAUGCUGGAUUUGCUACACAGAGAAGACACUGAUAACAUCCUACAGGAGGAUUCCGAGAUCGGACAGUAUCGUGCAAAGUUGCAGACCCAAGUGGAUCGCCUUAUACUGGCCAAUGACAAAAUCAGCAGCCUCUGAAAGUGUGAUGUCUUGUCAGUUACAAAAUUCAGAGAUGUUGGCAAAAACAGAAACAUGUUAAUAUAAGUAGAUUUUUGGAAAGGGCCUCUAAUGGCCAAAUGUUAUUUAUUUUAAGUAAUGAGUAAAAUAAGAUAUAAUUUGUAUAUUUGUGUUCAACAAAUGUAUGAGAUCGGCUAAGAUCAGCGAGAUGCUGUAAUGAUGACACCAGUGAAAUCCUAUAGGAGGAACAAGAGGUCGGCCGGAAACGUAAAAGAUUGCAGGACCAAGCGGAUCGCCUUGGACUGGCCAAUGAUAAGAUUAGUAGACUGUGGUUGACAAUUUGUCAAUGCAGAAAUUCUGAGAUAUAUAUGUUGUCUCUAUGACUAUCAUUUGUGAAGACUGUUAUUUCAUCAAAUCAUUUCGCUGUGUAAUUAUUAUUACGUGA